UCUCUGCGCGGAGCCGCCUCCGUGGCGAAGCCCCAUCGCGCCGUGCACUCCGUGCGCCAUCGCGGCCUCGCCACCGCCGCCACCGCCGCCGCCGUCGUCGCCGCCGCCUUUAAAUUCGCCAGCGUUACAACUUGAGACAACCGAAUAAGCCUACGAUCGACUCUCUCUACCUGCCUGUCUGCCUCUCUCUCACCCGUCAGCUCCUCCGCCGUCCGAGCCUCGCCUCGCUGCUGAGCCGUGAGAGUCGCCGAGAGUCGCCGAACGAGGGACCCCCCCCGCCCUUGGGGACCCUCGCACUCGGGGAACCCGCGGGGUCCGUGACGCCACAGACCCCGCGCAGGGGUUCAUGCUGGCGCUCAGCCCCGCAGACGCUAGCAUGGAGCAAGGAUUCCUCCUGCCGUCGUCUCGCGCCAGGAUGCCGAGAGACAGCGGCGCUCUCCCGGGCCGCUCCCCUCUCUCCCCGGGGCCAGCGCUCGCGCCCUGGGCCCCGGGACCCCCUGCGUCCCCCCACCAGCUCGCGGCUUCCAGCGUGGGGGGCUCCGGGGGACUGUACGCGGGCAAAAAGCGCAAGAAACCCGUGAUAAGAAGCCCCAAGGCGGAAGUCGUGGUGCCCAAGAAGACGAAUCCUUCCAAGCGGCACCGGGACCGCCUCAACGCGGAGAUGGAGCGCCUGGCCGGGAUGCUGCCCUUCCCUCCGGACGUCAUCUCCAAGCUCGACAAGCUCUCCAUCCUGAGGCUCAGCGUCAGCUUCCUGCGGACCAAGAGCUUCUUCGGCGCCGUGAACCACAAGCGCCACCUAAGCAACGGGAUUGCCGGCUACGGGGUCCCGAGCAGCCGCGUGGACGUGCCCGCGGCGUUCCCCGAGGGGGAGAUGCUGCUGCAGGCGCUGCACGGCUUUGCGUUGGUGGUGACCGCGGAGGGGCUUGUCUUCUACACGUCCCACACCAUCCAGGAGUACCUCGGCUUCCACCAGUGCGACGUGGUCCACCAGAGCGUGUACGAGCUCGUCCACACGGAGGACCGCGGCGAGUUCCGCCGCCAGCUGCACUGGGCGCUCAACCCUGCGUCCACGCAGGGCGCCCGCGGUGGCGGCGACGGCAGCCAAGGAGACGGGCGCGCGGCCGUGGAGCAAGGGCUGGGCACGGUCACCACUUUCCACCCGCAGCAGCUCCCGCCCGAGAACUCCUCCUUCCUGGAGCGCCAGUUCAUGUGUCGCUUCCGCUGCCUGCUGGACAACUCGUCCGGCUUUCUGGCGCUGCUGAUCCAGGGCCGCCUCAAGCUGCUGCACGGGCAGAACCAGCGGGGGCUCGACGGCUCGCCGACUCCGCCGCAGCUGGCGCUGUUCGGCGUGGCGACGCCGCUGCAGCCGCCGUCCAUCCUGGAGAUCCGCACGCGCAACAUCAUAUUCCGCACCAAGCACAAGCUCGACUUCACGCCGACGGGCUGCGACGCCAAGGGCCGCAUCGUGCUGGGCUACAGCGAGAUGGAGCUGUGCAUGCGCGGCACGGGCUACCAGUUCAUCCACGCCGGGGACAUGCUCUACUGCGCUGACAACCACGUCCGAAUGAUGAAGACCGGUGAGAGCGGGUUCACCAUCUUCCGGCUGCUGACGAAAGACAACGGCUGGGCCUGGGUGCAAGCCAACGCGCGGCUCGUCUACAAGGGCAACCGCCCCGACUACAUCAUCGCCACGCAAAGGCCGCUCAGCGACGAGGAGGGAGAGGAGCACUUGCGCAAGCGCGCCACGCAGUUCCCGUUCACGUUCACCACGGGCGAGGCCCUGCUCUACAACAUGGACCUCUUCCAGCCGCCGAUGCAGGACCCCAGCCUCGGCGGUGGCGACGGCGGCGGCGGCGAUGGUUACGGAGGAACCGAACAGACAGCGGUGGCGGCCGCGGCAGCGGCGGCGGCGGUGGGGGGAGAGAGUCAAGCGGCCGGAGGCAGGGGCGGCGGGAAGUCAUGGCCCAUGGACCCCAGCUCGCUGAUGGCCGCGCUGAUGAUGCAGAACCAGUCGGUGUACGUGCGCACGGCCGCCUCCAGCGAGGACCGCCUCCCGUCGUACACGUUCAACGACGCCUCGUGGCUCGCACCGAGCGGCGUCGCCGCCGGCGGCUCGGUGUGCCGCCGAGGUGGCGACGACGACUUCAACCGGAGCCUGGGCCGGAUCAAGCUGGAGGAGCACGAUAGGGGCAGGGCGGGGGCGGCGUUGACGCCGUACCCCGGCGCGUGCACCAGGGACGAGCUGACCGACAUCCUGGACACGCUCGGAGUGAACGUCAACGACAUCGAGCUGGUGGAGGAGGAGCGGCAGCUGAUCAUGGGUGACAUGGAGAUGUCGCCGCACCUGGGCAACAUCCUCUCCAACGACGACAUCAUCUCCUUUGUGGAGGACCUGCUCAAGAAGCCCGACUGCUGCGUCGCGCCGGGUGCCGACAGCGCAGCGUCGCAGCUGCCCAACCCGAACGCCGGCGCCGUGGGCCCAGAGCCGUCCGGAGCGCAGCUCGGUUUCCCGAGCCCGCUUUUCGCACGCGGCUUUGAAUUCUACAGCGGCCGCGAGACGGCGCAGAACUGCGUGCAGAAAGCGCCAAUGUCGAGGCCAAAGCAGGCAGCGAUGUCGGAGGGCAACGACGUUCGCGACGGCUUCCUGCCGCAGAACUUCUUCGACGGGGCAAACGGCGGGGCCGUCGUAGUUUCACAGGGCGCGUCAAACGUGCCGGCACUCGGCCUGCCCAAGCAGGGCACGCCUCGCGGCGGUGCCGGACAGUGGAACGCGAAUGUUGCGUCGGCACAUGGCAUGGCACACGCCCGCUCGGGGUACGUGGAUGGUCAGCUGACACUCGGAAGCAAAUUACAAAACUGGAGCCCGACGACGCAACCAGGUUGGGACUGUGCGAACGUCAUGCAAGACCAGAUGCAAAUGCCUGGUGUUGCGGGACACUGCGGAGUCACCGGGCCGGCCCUCGUAAACAGCGCUCACGGCCACGGCACGAUGGAUGGCGGCGCGUGUCAGGGCCCUUUCGCCGGUUUGCCAGGCCACGGCUACGCGGGAGGGGUCCCGAACUUUGGUGCCGAGCCCGUGGCGUCCUUUCAGCCCCCUUGCCAGGGGCCGGUGUCUGCCGGAUUGAUGCAGAACGGCCGCUCUGACCGUGGCUGGCCCGCCGCCGCUCUAGUGCAGCAGCACGUGACGGUCACGGGCGCCGGCAUCGGCACGUGCUUGGCUUCGGCGGGGAACGGGGACCCGUGGAACGCGGCACCGGUGCCACCGUACACACCGAUGGAGGUGGAAGGCAUGAACCCCCCGCAGUACUCGGCCUGUGUCUCUCAGAUGCACGUGGCACCCGUGGGCAGUGGCGUGGCCGGCCUCCACCCGGACCUCGCCGCCCACUUUCACCAGCAGCCGGCGCUUACGCAGCCGGUGGCGACGACCUUCGACCUGAGGAGCAACCUUGCGUCCUGCCACCCGAACGGCGCUCAUGGCCACGAGGCUUUCCUGGGGGGCCCAGAGGUUCUGCCUUCCUUUCCCGACAUCCUGCGCACGGGCCACUACAGCUGAGCGACGGCACGCGGGCUCCGUCACAAUCCCGCCGCUCCCCCACUGAGCCGGAGACUUCAUUGAACAGUUUCUCUGUCUUGGUGUGGUUUGUGGAAGUACCAAUGUGGCCGAAAAGGAGACAUUUAACUUCACAUUAACGCAAGUCUACGUGUACGCAUGUUACAGUAUAUUCUAUCCGCUUUAUAUCGACUUGAAUCCAGCCACCUGACCCAGUGGUUACCUGAGCUCCACUUGCAGUCAGAAGGUUGUGAAUUUGAAUCCCGAUCAUGGGGGUUGAUGCCAGUCAAUCAUCCCUCUACGGUCGGUAAAAAGAAGUAUCACUUUGCGGAUAGUUCAACAGUGGUGGAUUUCCUCUGGAAAUACUCGGCUCUGUGUGGUGAGAAUGUGGACUUUGUACCAAUGGAAAUGAGUGAGGCUCCAUGCUCAUGCUCUUGACUUUGGCCCGUGUCAGUAGUGGCUGAAGGUAAGAAGUGUUGUUAAGGUCUUCCGCUGGUCCUGUGAUAUGUAGAGAUAGGAGAGGCUGCAUCACAAUCAUUGUUCGAGCUUUGGUGAUGACUUCACCAGACUCCACUGGGAGGACAGACAGCUAUUUAGUUCUUUUUUGAGCGAUAAUGCACUUACAUGUGGCAGUGCCGAGAGGUUUUUGAGCAGACAUCAUUACAUCAUAAAUACAAUACUCGUAAAUCCCUGCCAAUGCUCAUUUAAUGGCCCAGGCCUUGCAAAACCAGUUACGAAAGUUGGCAAAAAACCACGAAGAUGCACAUUGCAUAUACAACACAAAGCGUAUCUGUUUGGAUAAAAGUGCUAAGUGGUAGAAACACAGAAGAGAUCAUCUUUGACACUGUUUACCCAGCGCUGUGACAUAACAGAGGUGCUGCAAAACAAGCAGAUGCCUCGUUUAUGGGCGCACGGAGCGAGCGGGUACAGUCACGAGGCUCGCCACCGUCGACGGUAAAUCGCAGGGGUGGGUGGAAGUGCGGUGAGGUGCAGCGGGCAGUGGUGUGGCGAUUGAGUGCGCCGGCGGUGCCAUUGCACCGAAACCCAUGGUCAGGAGGGGCCCAGGGACCGGGCUAUGAAGGGGGGGGGGGGGGGUGCAGGGAUUAGGGGUGGAAAUUGAACAGGGGUGGCUUCAUUUCAUUGCUUGCGCCAGGACUCAUGCUAAGCGCACUACGCCAAAGAGAGUGGGGCGAGCGAGGCGAGCGGAAUGGUGAGCGCAGGCGAAUGAAGGUGAUCGUGGGAGCCGUGCUCAAUCGCGGCUCGCCGUCGAACUGUGAAGGUCCGUUUUGUUCCGUUUAUUUGUUUCCGACUCUUGCGAAGCUGCGGCUUGCUGGGCCGCAGCAGCAGCAGUAGCAGCAGCAGCAGCAGGAGCGGCAGGAGGAGGAGGAGGAGGCAGUCUCGCGGCUAUCGAGCGUGCAGGCUUGUGCGAGCGCACUACUGUGCCACUGGCCGGGGCCCAUCUCGGAGGUGGACUCCGUGCUUGUGAACAUCCGUGCCCUCGUCAAAAGCAGGGCUUACGCAGGAGAAAUCUGCGUAAAAACGGUCGAAUUUGAACGUCUUCUGUCGUGAAAUUGAAAUGUGGUCUCAUUGGCUUUUAUCUCAGACUCACAGUGACACGCAUGCCUUCCAAAGCUAUUAUUGCUAUUAUUUUCACAUCAUAUACACAUGGAUGGCUGUGACCGAGUGUUGGAUUUAAAUUCCACUGUUGUUCCACAAUGGCUGCAGAGCUCCCAUUUGGUGCAACCAUUGUCACGUCUAUGGGCCCCCUAAACUCACGACAAAGAGGCUUAUUGUUUUCACUUAUCGGGGGGCAUGCUCGGCCUAGAGUUUAAAAAUAUGAGAGUUAAAAAAUAUCCGAUCAACUAUGACACUAACUCCCGGUGACUACUUCAAGAUUACAGGUCCCAAAGUAUGAUAUUCCUCGUUCAAAUUGUACCGGAAUUUUGUCACUAAAGGAAUUCAGAAAAAUAACUCUGAAAGAGACGCGGUUUACAGCUACUGCACUGUUUUUAAAUUUUAUCGAUGGGAUUUUUUUCUGAAAGAAGAAAAAAACACGAAAAUUACAUUUUAUAUAUAUUUUUAUCGUAAUUGCUUGCCUGGUAAAGCAAACAUCUGCAUUCAAAUGCAGAUGGUGAAAUCUAAACCAUUCAAUGCAGUUCGAUAUGUUUUAACUUACAAAGUGAGCAAUAUUAAAA